CCAUCCACCUCGCUCCAAUCAAUACAACCCACAAAGCUACAAAACAAACAGCAGAGGUCAGCUCACGUCUCUCCAUAGUUUCAUUCACUCAACUCUCUCUCUCUCUCUCUCAUGGCCGGCGGCAAGAAGAGUGAAGCAAUUCCCCUCUCACUGCCCCUGCCCAGUUAUAUAUCACUAGGAUUUUCUCUAUAGAAACCACUCAGUCGCAGCCCGCCUCUCCUUGUUUUUUCUUGAUUUGCGUGCUUGACAAAUCUUAUCCUCUUCUUCAAACAAAAGGGGCUGAGCCGCUUAAUCUUAUUUCUCAUUUCAACAACCCAGCUUUUCCUCAUUUCCUUUCUAUAAAAAGGAACCGAUUUUCCCCUUUCGUGCUUUUUUAGGGGAUUCUUGAAUCUCAAGUGCAGUGAAAUGGGGAGUAAAUGGAGGAAAGUUAAGCUUGCUUUUGGCCUCAAUCUGUGUGUCUACACUCCUAGAAAUCAUGUGGCCGACAAUGAUGACGAGGACGACUCGCCGCCGCCGUCCGAGCGUCGCUCCGACGCCGCCCUCCUUUCGCCGCCGGGUGACUGGACAUCUGCUCCGCCCACUCCCUCUUCCAAUAGACUCAGCCUCUCCAAGAGUUUGAGUAGAUCUUCUUCCAAGAAGACUUGCUCCAUAUGUUUGGCAACGAUGAGGCGCGGCGAUGGGCAGGCGAUCUUCACCGCCGAGUGCUCCCACUCCUUCCAUUUCCAUUGCAUUGCUUCAAAUGUGAAACAUGGGAACCAAAUCUGCCCGGUUUGCAGAGCAAAAUGGAAAGAGAUUCCUCUGCAAGGCCCAACUCUGGAGCCUCCAAUGGGGAGAGCAAGGAUAAAUCCAGUAGAUUGGCACCAGAACAAUGACUUCAUGACCGUUGUCCGUCGUCUACCUCCUCCUCGGUCAAAUUCCGCGCGUAACGUUGCCCCAUUGUUUCAGGCUCCCGAUCCAGCAAUCUUCAAUGACGACGAGUCACUGGAUCAUGAGAUAGACUCUCCCGAGAAGAGCUUCUCCAGUAAGAGCAUAUCUGAUGGUGAGGAUGAUCGGAGGAAAGUUACGGUCAUGACAUACACCGAGGUUCCGGCCAUUGCAAAGUCAAGCACGUCGGACAGUUUCACCGUCUUACUCCACCUGGAAGCCCCACUCUCCAAUUCGUGGCACAAUGCCACCAGGAGCGACGCGAAGCAGCCCAAAAUCGCACAGACGCCUCGUGCUCCAGUGGAUCUUGUCACGGUUCUUGAUGUCAGUGGGAGCAUGGCAGGCACAAAGCUCGCGCUGCUUAAACGAGCUAUGGGGUUCGUGAUACAGAAUCUUGGUCCCAGUGACAGGCUGGCUGUCAUAGCCUUCUCUUCAACAGCGCGUCGCCUUUUCCCCCUCAGGAGAAUGUCCGAAGCUGGUCGCCAGCAGGCUCUACAGUCUGUUAACUCUCUGGCUGCUAAUGGAGGAACCAACAUUGCUGAGGGAUUGAGAAAGGGUGCCAAAAUAAUGGAAGACCGGCGCGAGAAGAACCCUGUUGCUAACAUAAUCUUGUUGUCAGAUGGACAGGAUACAUAUACAGUCAACAGCAAUGCCGGCAGCCAGAAUCAACCAAACUACCAGUUGCUUCUUCCAUUGUCCAUUCGUCCGGAUGAAGCCUCAGGUUUCAAGAUUCCGGUUCAUGCGUUUGGCUUCGGAGCUGACCAUGAUGCAUUGUCCAUGCACUCAAUCUCAGAGAUCUCCGGAGGUACCUUUUCUUUCAUCGAGACUGAGAGUGUGAUUCAGGAUGCAUUUGCUCAGUGCAUUGGUGGCCUUCUGAGUGUCAUGGUGAAGGAUCUGAGCAUUAAAAUCGAGUGUGUUCAUCCGAGCAUUCGUCUUGGCUCAUUGAAAGCUGGAAGCUAUCCCAACCGUAUAUCAUCCAAUCAACGGAUAGGAUCUAUCGACGUUGGAGAUCUGUACGCGGAUGAAGAGAGGGACUUCCUGCUCUCCGUAAAUAUUCCUGCUGAGACUUCGAGCAAAGAGACAUCACUGUUGAAGGUGAAAUGUGUCUACAACGACCCCUUGACGAAGGAAUCAGUAACCCUAGAAGGCAAAGAGGUCAGAAUUGAGAGAACUGACCUGGCCAGACAAGAAGACAUGUCAAUUGAAGUCGACAGACAACACAACAGGAUCCGAGCAGCAGAGGCCAUGGCACAAGCUCGAACUGCUGCUGAGAAUGGAGACCUAGCCGGUGCUGUUUCCAUACUGGAGAACAUGCGCAAGGCUCUAUCAGCAACCGUAUCAGCUAAGUGUCGUGACAGGCUCUGCGCAUCACUUGACGCUGAGCUCAAGGAAAUGCAAGAGAGGAUGGCGAGCAGGCACGUCUAUGAAGCAUCAGGGCGUGCCUAUAUUCUAUCUGGACUAAGCUCACACUCAUGGCAGAGAGCAACAGCUAGGGGCGAUUCAAUGGAUGGUUCAAGCCUCGUUCAAGCCUACCAGACCCCGUCUAUGGUCGAGAUGUUGACCCGUUCACAGGCCACGUUGCUGGGAAGCCCCUCAGCACAGAGGCUCCUUCGGCCAGUGUGGUCGUUUGCUUCACAACCAAAGCCAAGAUAGUGGGCGGCCUGGGCAGCAGUCACCAGAAGGCUAGGCUACCGCCUUUUUCUUGUUUCUUCGCUGCAUUUCAAGUUUUGUCUAGGAGGUGGGGUUGACCAGUCUUGAAAUAGUAUUCCUGUCUAAUUUUGUGAAGGAAAUAAACUCUGUAAAGGGGUUCAAUAUAUUUGGGAAGAAACGGGAAAAAGAUGUAUCUAGGAGACCAACUGGUGUAUCUUAGUCUGUGUGAUUGUUGGGGGUGGUGUAGAUAAGGGGUAUAUGUUUUUUGAGAUAAUUGGGUAUUAGUAUUAGAUUUGUGUUGUGGAGGUACGAACUAUCCACUUUCAAUAUAAGAAUCUGCAAUACAUUUUGUCAAUAUAUGUUCUAA